AUGUCAAAUAUUAAAUAUCAACAAUUGAAAAAAUUGUCAGAACAUUCAUUUGAAAACCAGGUAAAUUCAACAUUACAGGUAGUACAAAAGUUGUCUACAGAAAUUAAUGAAGUCCAUGUCUUUGAUUAUUUGCAAGCAUGUGUAAAUAAUAUUGAAACUAAAGAUUCUGAAAUAAAUCAUUCCUCAACAUCUACAUAUAAUACAAAUAUUGAGUUACAAGUAAAAAACAAAAAUAAUGACUGUAAAAAUAAUAUAGGAUUUGAUUUCAUAAAAAUUGAAAGUACUUCUCAACGAAAAAUAUCAAAUUCUCAAAGCGACUUAAAAUUUAAAUAUGCAGAGCAAAAUCAUUUAAGAAUGAAAAAUGAAUCUAUGGAAUCUAUAAUUGAAUUAAAUGAAGAAACUACUUAUUCUAAUGAUAUUAAAUCAGUAACAACAGUUAAUAAUGGAAUUAGUACAGAGGAUAUAAAAGGUAAUAAUAUUCCUAUUAGAAUAAAAAAGACUUUUAUAUUUGAAACAAAUAGUUGUACUCAAAUUAAAGAUAAAUUAUAUAAUUUAGAAAUUAAAAAUGAAAAUUUGAAUGAUGAAAAUAAUGAUCCUGAAACCAAAUUCAUAACAUCAACUAAUCAAAAUAAAGUUAAAAUCAACAAUUUAAUCAUGCGAAAUAAACAAAUUAAAACAUGUAGUCAGUGUUCAAUGACAUUUAGAUAUAAAAGACAUUUAGAUCGACAUUUGGAAGGCCAUCAAAAAAAUAAUUGUUCUCAUUGCAAUGCAAAAUUUGCUAGACGUAAGCAUCUUGAUAUACACUUAUUCCGUUCACAUGGUGAAAGAGUAACAAAAUAUCCACAUUCUUGUGAUGUAUGUUCUCGUAGUUUUCCUAAACGAAUUUUAUUAAACCGUCAUCGUGCAAAGCACAACUAUGAAAAUGGUAAAGUUUGUUCAGAUUGUGGAGAAAUGUUGAAAGCAGAAGAAGAUGAUAAGGAACACAAAGAAAAUCAUUGUUCAAAAAAGCAAUUUAAAUGUAAAAGAUGCUUACAAACAUUUAGUAUUGAACAAACAUAUGUAACUCAUAUCCAAAAUCAUGAUAAUCAUAAGUGUACAAAGUGUGAUGUCACUUUUGCCUCUAAAAAAAAAGUGCAUGAACAUUAUAAAAUGGUACAUUCUUCAAAACUGAAUCAUGAUAAAAUUUCAAAUAAUGGUAUUUAUUUUUGUGCUGACUGCAGACACACUUUUUUAAAAAAAGAUGAUUAUUCACGUCAUUUAGAUUCUACAUCACAUCUUAACAAAGUAAAUAGAGAAAUAUCUUUAAGGGACAUUUUCAUAUGCCCAAUUUGUUCUAAGAAAUUAAUUUCACGAAGAGUUCUUGAUCAGCAUAUUAGACGUAUACAUAAAGAAGACAAAAAAUUUAUAUGCAAUAUAUAUGGUUGCACAUUUCAAUGUGCAAGAAAAUCUGAUUUAGAUAGGCAUAAGCAGUUACAUGUAGAACAAAGAAACAUCAUAUGUGAACAAUGUGGUAAAACUUUUACUAGUGUUAGUAUACUUAAUGAUCAUGUUCUUUAUAUACAUAAUAAGGAAAGACAAUUUAUAUGUGAAGAAUGUGGUAAAACAUUUAAAAGAAAUAGUUUAUUAAAAAGACAUAAAUUAUCUCAUCAACAAUAUCGACCAUUUGCUUGUAUGCAAUGUAAUACUGCUUUCAAACGAUCCCAUCAUCUCACUCGCCAUAUGGAAACUUGUCACAGAAUUACACUUGAAAAGAAAAAAAAGGUUGUAAAACUCAUGAAAACAGAAGAUGGUCAUCUUGUUCCAAUACCAGAAAAACCAAAAAGUCUUAAAUCUAAAAAACUAAAAAUCAAAACAGGAUGUAAUACAAUUUUGACAUCAGAUGACACAACUCCUGCUUUUCAAAACCCGGAUAUUAUAAACAAACAAUUUGAGCCAAAUUUGGAAGCACAAAUAUUAUCUAAUUCUAAUGACCUAUACGAAAAUUCAACAUUGUCAUUAGAACUUACAAAUUUAUUAUCGAGUACAGACUCUAUUCCUCAGGUUCUUUCAUUAGUAGAUAUUAAUGCAGAACAAAUUGUGGCUGUAGAAGUUACAAGUCCCAAAACAUUAAUAAUGAAUGAUCUUAUAGAUCAAUUUGAAACAAAUUGCAAUGAAAUAUUAAAUUUAACAAAUUAUCAAGAUUUGGAAUUUCAACAUGAAAUUUUAAAUACAGAUCAAAAUUUGUAUGAUCAUACAAAUUAUUCUGAACUAUCAUCAUUAGGAACUGUUGAAGGAACAUCAUUUUUUGUAGAUUCAAACAUUAACAAAAUAGAUACUUCACCAAUAGAAAAUUAUUUAAAUCAACCAUUUUCUUCAUUUUUAAAUCUUUAA